CUCCAGCAGCUAGCUGGCUUCAGAUCUAAUCUCCUGCAGUCAUUCAAAGAGAGAAGAGAAUUUCGUCAGCACACUCGUCUUUUUAAGUUCAUCACUCAUCCACACGAGUGUGCAGUGGACAAAGUCGACCUGAGUUACAUCCCUGGUGUCUCCAUCUGAUGAAUAAGUUCAAGUCACUGAAUGAAGAUUUGGAAAGACUUGCACGACAGCAAGCAGAGCUGGCGAGCAAACACAAGUGGACAGAAAUGAAAAAACUUCAACCCGCAGACCAGCUGAUUGUCCAAACUUGGAACGCGCUUCCUGUCAUAUACCACACACUGCAGCGUGUGAGUAUUGCCGUAUUAACCAUGUUUGGCUCUACGUAUGCAUGUGAACAGUCGUUCUCACAUCUAAAAAACAUCAAGACCAACCUACGAUCACGUUUAACAGAUGGAAGCCUCAACGCCUGCAUAAAGCACGUAUCAACCAGACUACAAAGCCAUCAGCAAAACCAUGCAGCACCAGAAGUCACAUUAAGGAAGUAAGAAGUAAGAAGUACUGGAUGACCCGCUGGACCCUUCUCGCUCAGCUCCUGCUCCUGCUCAGCCUGUUCAUCCACAGUGCUGUCAGUCAGGAGGUUGAGGACUCAGCAGCAACAGCAACACCACCACCACCACCAGGUCAGGCCUCUGAUGGCACACAGGAGGACAAGGACGACGAGUGGGGAAUGAACUCGCUCAGAGGUAGCUUUGAGGCUGUCGGCGGCUACUUUGACUCAUUGCUGGAGUUCAUGGGUGGACGUGACGGGGUGUGCCAGUACCGUUGUAGAUAUGGUAAAGCUCCUCUUCCUCGUCCUGGCUACCAGAUGCCAGAGCCUGAUGGAUGCAGCUCCUACUUCUUUGGACUUCCUGUUCCAGAAGGGGUGGACAUGGGAAUCCCUGCCAUGACCAAGUGCUGCAAUCAGCUGGAUAUGUGUUAUGACACCUGCGGGUCCAACAAGUACCGUUGUGACUCCAAGUUCCGCUGGUGUCUCCACAGCAUUUGCUCUGACCUCAAGAAGAGCCUUGGCUUUGUGUCAAAAGUUGAAGCAUGUGAAACAGUAGCAGAUACCUUGUUCAACACAGUGUGGACUCUGGGCUGCAGACCCUACAUGAACAGUCAGAGGGCAGCAUGCUACUGUCAAGGAGAAGAGAAAGAUGAACUUUAAAUAAGAUCAAAACACAAAACGCUCUAUUUAUAAAAUCGUAUCGAAUACAGCAACAUCAUCAUCAUCUGAUGGCGCUGUUACUAUAUUGCAGAGACUGCUGUGUGACUACUUCAGUAAUUUACUCAGGUCUUAUACUGGUUUUGUUCAAAGCUGUUAUUUUACUUUGCAACAAAAUGUGUGUUGCUGCUGAAAGUCCAGUUGUAUAGUGUUGCAAACCAAAAAUCUGUUUCUAGCCUCUGUGCUGUCUGUAGUGUUAGUAUUAGCACAAAUACAGCUGCCAAUGGCAUAUGAUUUUGGAAAACUACAUUUUAUAAUGCAGAGUCCUUCUUGUGCAACAUGCUUCCAGUGUGCAACCAUGUCAUGUUAAAUUUAAUUACCACAUGAAUAAAUGUUAACUGACACACACAGUAUGUGAAUGUAAUUGUUACAUUUGAUGGUGUACUACAACAGCAUUCAGUAGUUAUCAGAUCAGAACACUGCAGAGCAUUUGAUGCUCAAAA